ACUCGCGUCCUACCUACCUCCUCUGUAGAAGAGCCGUGCCACGGAUAGAUUUUCCACCGUUCUAGCACCGUCGUGGAUGUCGCAAGGGCGUUCGACGUCAAAGGCGAAGACGAGGUGGAUGAGAAGGAUGCGUCUCUAAACGAAAAAUAAUAUUCGUGCGAGUUACUAAUCUCCUCCAACACCAUCGUUUAUAGUUUUUUCCUUCUUACUCUGUCCGUCUAUCUAUUUCUCUAUCCACCUAUAUCGGUUCGCUACGUCGAGAGAGAAUACAACGACAAAGUAUCCAACAUUAACGUUCUCUUCUUUUUAACGUCGUUUGUUCUUUGAUCGGACGACGGCACAACGACGGGGUGGAUCCUUGGAUUGGUGAAGAUAACGGACUGAAUAAAAAAUCAUCUUCGAUAAGGAAUAUUAACUUACAAAAUGCCACCUAUUAAGAGGGAAGCACCGUCAGAACCGGCGCCAGCAGCAGCUACAUCGGAAAAUGUGGAAACGCAAGAGGAAACGUCGAACCUUCCGCAAUUGACGUUGAAGGCGAUGACGAGUACCGAGGAGGCAGUAAGAAGCGAGACAGAAUCGGAAGUCACGACGGAAAGUACGAUGAAAAAUUUGAAGGAUCAACUAGGAACAUUAUCGAAAGAUUUGGCCGAAGAAAUGGGUAUACCAACGUGGGGCUUAGUCGCAAUUUUAAUAGCCGUCGGCGUGGUCGUCCUUGGAAUUUGUUUCUGCUGUAUAAGAAGAUGCUGUCGCAAGAGACGUUCCAAGGAUGGCAAAAAGGGCCUAAAAGGAGCGGUGGAUCUAAAAUCGGUUCAGUUACUUGGAAGUACGUAUAAGGAUAAGCCGGAUAUGGAAGGACUCACGGAUAAUGCAGAAGAGCCCGACGAGGCUGAAAGCAAACAGAGCGAAGUCAAACUAGGAAAGCUUCAAUACAAGCUCGAGUAUGACUUCAAUUCAAACAGUUUGGCAGUGACGGUGAUACAGGCCGAAGAAUUGCCAGCUUUAGACAUGGGUGGCACUUCGGAUCCUUACGUAAAGGUAUACUUGUUGCCCGAUAAGAAAAAGAAAUUCGAAACGAAGGUCCACAGAAAGACGCUGAGCCCUGUAUUCGAGGAGACGUUUGUUUUUAAGAAUGUACCUUACGCGGAGGCCAUGAACAAGACACUGGUAUUCGCGAUCUUCGACUUUGAUAGAUUCUCGAAGCACGAUCAAAUCGGUGAGGUCAAAGUACCGUUGUGUCAGGUCGAUCUCGCACAGACCAUCGAGGAAUGGCGAGAAUUGCAGAGCGUCGAAGGAGAGGGAGGACAGGACAACAAAUUGGGUGAUAUUUGUUUCUCCCUGAGAUAUGUACCAACGGCUGGUAAACUCACGGUGGUCAUUCUCGAAGCUAAGAAUCUAAAGAAAAUGGACGUUGGUGGUCUCUCAGAUCCUUACGUCAAGAUCGCACUCAUGCAAAAUGGCAAGAGGCUCAAGAAGAAAAAGACAUCCAUAAAGAAGUGCACUCUUAAUCCCUAUUACAACGAAUCGUUCACCUUUGAAGUUCCCUUCGAGCAGAUCCAAAAAGUGCAAUUGGUCGUAACAGUGGUGGAUUAUGAUCGCAUUGGUACUUCGGAACCGAUCGGCAAAGUCGUAUUGGGAUACAAUGCGAGUGGAACGGAAUUGAGACAUUGGUCGGAUAUGUUGGCAUCUCCGAGGCGUCCAAUUGCUCAAUGGCACACACUCAAGGAUCCCGAGGACGGAGAUAAGAAGGAUUAAAUUGGUUAAAUGAAUAUUCAAUCGAGGUAACGUCCCUCCUCUGCUACACCUAACCAAAAAAUACUUUCUAUAAGAUGGAUUCAAGAGAUAUAGACGGCGCCUAUAUGCAUACCACAUCCACAUUAUAAUUUCUUUCGAGACGAGAUCCAAGAAAGCGUCGAGAGAAGCGAGAACUCUGAGUGUCGAGAGAAUUCGUUGGCAAUAACUAAUCGUUUCUUUGCAGGAAUAUAUCUCACGAGAGAGAAAUAAUAAAAGGAAACAAAAAUGUGUGAAAGUGAGGAGAGAGAGAGAGAGAGAGAGAGAGAAAUUAUGCGGAGAAAAAUGAACGUGAUAAGGAGAGAGAGAGAGAGAGAGAGAGAGAGAGAGAGAUAGGAAGUAAGAAAAAAAAUACUUAGCAGAUAUUAAACGAUCUAUGAUUAAAUUAAAUAACGAUAAAUACCACCAAGAAUUUAGAAUUAACAAUAUGUUCUCAUGGAAUGUAGUGUCUUGUAUAUAUACAUGCAUACAUACAUACAUACAUAUAUCUACUAUUACUUCUCUCCGUAGAUGUAAAACACAUUUGAAUAAUAAUUUCCCGAAUGAACAUGCGUUCUCUUCAUAUCUACGAGAAGCAUUUUGAAAAAGAAAAGGAAAAGACACAAAAACAAACACAUAUGUGUAUAAAUUUGUGCAUGGCUCUAUAUAUAGGCACGCACACAUAUAUACACAUAUAUAUUUAUCAAGUUACUUCGAAUAGAGUUCUUUAUAAAGCUAAAAUAAGAAAGAUGAUAAGAAAAAAACUACUCUAAGAGCUCUUACGGUCCCUUUGACGUUUCAGCGCAGAUUUAAUAAGACUCUUUGUAAAGUAAUCGAUAUUGUUCAUGUUAAAUACGUUGGACUGAGAUAAGAAGACACAUAAAACAACAAACAUUAUAUACACGCAUAUGUACGUGUCACGAAUGGCGUGCACGUUGCGUAACCAAUGUGUGAACAUUUCUCGGGAGAAUAUAAAUAAAUCGUAAAAUAUAAUAAAAAGAACAAAAAGAAAAAAAGAGACAUAGCGAGCUUCGUGCGUAAGUAAGUAAAGUAAUUAAGUAAGUAACCACAAGAUAGUUGUGUUUUUCGUGUACAAAAUAACGAGAGAGAGAGAGAGAGAGAGAGAGAGAGAGCGAAAGUGCGAACGUGCGACGAGCGAACGAGCAAACGAGCGAAAGAGAGAGAGAGAAAGAGAGCGAGAGAGAGAUGAAUAAACAAAAUAUAAAAAAAUUAAAUUUAAAAGGAUUACAACGAAGCUUCCGUCGAUCUUUCGACGCAUUUAAUUCGCCACGUACGCCUAUGUGCAGAGAGAAAAGAGAAGGAAUACGUAAAAAGGGUAAGAAAGGAAGAGAUGAAAUGACGGCUUCCGGUUGUGGCAAAGAUUCUCGGAAAAAAAUGUUAAAACACAAUGAAUCAGACAAAAGGAAAACAAAAAAAAUAAAAGGAUGGCUAUAUCCGUUACGAAGAAGACGCGUUAUCAAAGCAGACCGGAAGCGAAAGAGCUAUGGACAAAAAAAAAGAGAGAAAGAAAAGGAAAACAUGACUUUAAAGAGACCUGGA